GCUGGACAAGUACACGAUGAUCUCUCUUUGGAUGAUUAAGACAUCUACCUCAAACUUGUCGUGGAAGGGGAUGGAUUGAAUUAUAUAAAAAUAAAUAUACAUAUUCCAUCUAAUGCUCUUCCUUAUGGUUAUUUCAAAUUCAAUCUUCUAGUUGUAGUACUAAAAUAGACUUCUUGUUCUACUUUAUAAUUCUCCCCGUGCCUGCUCUAACAUGAAGAAGGAAAUCAUCAUCAUGUAUUGCUCUAAUAUCAAGAGCAGGGAGGUCAUCACUUAUUGCAUGACAUGCUUGACAUACCGGACGAAGAGAUGAACCUGGGGGAAGCAGGAGCAGCGGCGGCCAUGAUGUAUCACCAAACUGUAAUUAUGUUCUUGGUGGUUAUACGGCAGGAGACUUAGUAAGUUUUGGUAUCGACGUUCAAUAGGGGGGAGAAAUUUAUUAAGUUAUAGAAAGCAUCGUUCGGUCUUUAUAGGGAGGUGCUGGAACGGAGACUUAGAUUCUGUGUGUCUGAGUCCCCUGUCCACCCUUUUUUGGUGUUUCUUCUGUUUGUUUCUUCUAACACCACUGGGGAGGUGGACCCGGAACUCCAGCAGCCUCACGAACUGCAGCAUCCUUUGCCUUUUCUAGCGCUCACGCCAGAGCAAGAGGAGCUUGCGGCGCAUUUAGCGGCUGUACAAGAAAUGCAGGAAGCAGGAAACAGUGCACUGUUUGACCAGUGCAACGAUAUCUUGUUGCACCAGAUGUUUUUGAAUAUGAUGGACCCACAGACUGGACACUUGCUUUCGACGAC